GCUGCCCUUCAUCUUCUGCAAUCUAAUGAACCCUAAACACCCUUCAAGCCACCCGCCGCGACCACCAAAGUUCGAGAAUCUUGCUUCACAAACAGAGACCAUGCGACCUCCGAGAGGCGGCGGUAACUUUAGUUGCGGAAGAGACGGCGGUAACUUUAGUUGCGGAAGAGACGGCGAACGUGGUGGUGGGAGGGGUUUCCGAGGAGGUGGUCGCGGCGGGGGAGGUUGACGUGGAGGCGGUGGGUUUCGCGAUGAAGGACCUCCUGCUGAAGUUGUAGAGCUUUCUCCAGUUCUUCAUGCAUUUGAGGGUGAUGCUGUGACAAAGCUCACUAAUGAGAAAAUACCGUACUUUAAUGGUCCAAUCUAUCUGCAGAACAAGACCCAGAUAGGGAAAGUUGAUGAAAUCUUCGGUCCCAUAAAUGAGUCUUAUUUUUCGAUCAAAAUGUUAGAAGGGAUUGUAGCAACUUCUUAUGUGCCGGGUGAUAAGUUCUACAUUGACCCAAACAAGCUUUUACCUCUUGCAAGAUUUCUUCCACAACCAAACUGAUUCAAAACUUCAGCAACAUGGUCUACAAUAGUAGGCUUUGUUGCUGAGAUCUAAAGUUGUUUUUGCCUGUACUCUUUUAACUUAAACAAAAGCAUCUGCUUUAACUUAUAUUUUCAUAGGCCUGUUGCAGAUUAAUUUGCUGAACUACCUUGUGUCCAUGUCUACUUUUUGUUGGACUUCGAUUGCUUUCUGAUAAAUUAUAUCCCUUCAAAAUUCAUAUACUUGCCUUAAUAGAUUAUUUCUUUUAUGUAUUUUGUUUUGCCUCUCAUUCAAAUAAAUUUUAAAAUGGCAC